CCGGAAAAUCGGCGCAUCUCUCAAUCAGUCACCAGCCGCACGUAGUACAAGUCAACGAAGGAAGGCCCGCAGACUAAAAUAGCGGUCUCUUUUCCUUUUGCAGUAAUGCUUUUAAUGGUGAUGAAGACUGGCAGUGCCAAAAAGAGUAGAGGAUUGAGUGAGACAUGUGGUUACAACAGAAAUCCCUUGAAAAGCCAUGGCUUAUAAAAGGUUCACUAUCCCCUCACCGUUCCGUCGUCUAACCCAGCUUCAUCUCAGGUCUCUGUCCUCGGAUCUAUUACUGUUGAUGUCAUAGAUCUUAAACAUACUUUGAUAUAUAGCCCUUCAAAAAUUUACAAAAUUUGUCAAAAUGCAACUCACCAGCCUCUUUACUGCUGCUAUCCUCUCUGUGGGCUCCGCUGCCACUUAUGUUUCAUUCGACACUGGCUAUGAUGACUUUUCUCGUCCUUUGGAAGAUGUGUCUUGCUCUGACGGCCCCAAUGGCCUCAUCACCAAAUACCAUUGGCAAACCCAGGGUCAAGUCUCCAACUUUCCCUACAUUGGUGGCGUCCAAGGUAUUACUUGGAACUCUCCGCAAUGCGGAACCUGUUAUAGACUGGAGUAUGGAGGUCGUAGUAUCCAUGUUUUGGCUAUUGACGCCGCCUAUAAUGGCGGCUUGAACAUCGCGCUGAAAGCCUUGAACGAGCUUACUGACGGUCAUGCUAUUGAGUGGGGACAUAUAGAUGCUGUAGCUACGGUGGUUUCUACAAAGGAAUGUGGACUGUAUACCGUGCAAUGAGGCCUCAGAAGUUCAGAAGUCUAUAUAAUCACAAAUGCUAGGGCUUGCUAUUCAGAGUGACUUAGGAAAUAUGAAGCUUCAUAGCCAGAUAGCUGUAUCGAUUUACAAAGUUGCGAUUGAAUGACUGUUGGGCUAUUAGAAAGAUAAACCUAAGAUCUGUUUUAACUACCUUGGCUAUUCUUGGCACAUAAAUCUCUCUGCAGACUGGUUGUUCAGAGAUCUGGACGAACAAUUCAACCACAGAAGCCAGUUAUCCGGACAGGGUGAGACUUCAGGAAGAACGAAUAUCUGUUGUCUUUGAAACGGUAACUUUAUUCUCAACAUAUGAUCAUGUUAUAAGACGUUACAUAGUUAAGAAUAGGCGUAAAGACAGGCUGGAAGGAUAUCAG